GGGUGGGACAGGUUAUGUAAAAAAAAAAAAAAAAAGGUUUAACUCACUGUGUGCUUGAUAAUGCAUAUGAAGGUCUGUUAACAGCGGAAAUAUGGUGGAAGACUGUAAAAAACAAAGUCAACACCAGUCAAAAAGUGGAUGCAUAUCUCUUCGUUCAUGUGUCACAUUCACGGCUUUCCUGGUCCUGUUCCUGUGCUACUACAUUGUCCCCAAUGAAUUCUCAGCAUCUUGGGCUUUAACAGUUGGAUUAUUUCUUCCAGAGAAAUAUACAAGUCUAGCAAUCAACUUUUCACUGAAAAGAGUGUCGGCAAUAUCUGCAGAAUCAUGGAAGACCCUGGAACCAUAUUAUGUGGCUUACCCAUACAAGUAUAAUUUUGUUUUGAAUGAACCAGAGAAGUGCCAGAAGGAAAAUUCAUUUAUUGUAUUAAUUGUACCAGUAGCUCCAGGCAAUACAGCUGCUCGGGACGUCAUUCGUUCAACUUGGGGAUCACAGAGGUUAGUUGGUGACAAGACUGUGAGCACAUUAUUUAUGUUGGGUCUACCCACUUCAGAAGAAAGAGAAACGAUUCAAAGAGAUUUGCUACAGGAAAGUACAAAGUAUCGUGACCUUAUACAAAGUGAUUUCUGGGACAGUUACAAAAAUCUCACAAUUAAGACCAUGGUAAUGCUAGAAUGGUUGACUGGUUACUGUCAGUAUGCCUCCUACGCAAUGAAAGUUGAUUCAGAUGUGUUUCUCAAUGUGGAAAACUUAGUGAAUAUGCUUCUUUCUGCACCAAAGCAUAACUAUAUGUCUGGACUUGUGGUUAGGAAAGCAUUAGUACAGAGAGACCCCCAAUCUAAAUGGUAUAUUCCAAAAGAUGUUUACGACCAACCUUUAUAUCCACCCUACGCUCUGGGUUUGGGAUAUGUUUUCUCUUUAGACUUGCCAGUGAAACUUGUUAAAACAGCACAACUUAUCAAAGUGGUUUACCUAGAGGAUGUAUUUCUAGGUCUGUGUAUGACACAUUUAGGGAUUGCUCUAACUGAUCCACCUGAUGGGAACUUGUUCAGUGUCUUUCCUGUAGAAUACAACCGCUGCCGCUAUUCAAAACUCAUUGCCACAACAACACAAAGCUUGAGAGACCAAGUGGAGUUUUGGAAGGAUUUACAGAGACCUGGUCCAUAUUGUUAAAAACAAACAGGUCACAUGACUUACAGGAAACAAAGCUUGCCAUAAAUGUUUUGGUACAACCAAAUAAGUGAUUGAAGGCCAAGAUUAUUAUUAUUAUUUUUUUAAACAGUUUCAUAAAGUAAAUAACUUGAACUAGACUAGCAACAGUUUUGAAGUAGAGACUCCAUCUCUCCACCACCUAAGUUUGUUCUGCUGAUUUCUGUAUAUACAAAGAAGGCUGACUUUCAGAAGCUUCUAAAUCAUCAUCAAAAAAUGUCAUGGAGCUUUUAUCCUUGAAUGAACAGUUCUCUCUUCCACCCUCAAUACCCCUUGGCUGAAGUGCCCUUGAGCAAGGCACCGAACCCCCAGUUGUUCUUUGGGCAUGGUGUGUUCACUUCUCACUGCCUUGUGUGUGCACUUGGAUGGGUUAAAUGCAGAGCACCAAUUCUGAGUAUGGGUAACCAUAUUUGGAAAAUGUCACAACUUUCACUUUCUAAUGUUUUACAGUUAGUCAUGCUCAUGAAGAGCAGACACACGAUUGUUUGGAACAGACACAGCAACAGCCAGAUUGUCCUGCAUGUGUUCCCCUGCUCUUGCUUCAAGGCUGUGUGGUUCAGAGAGCCGUUAUCAAGUUCUUCCUCAUCCUGUUGCUCAACAACAUCCCCGUUGAGAAGAGUGAGUUUGUGAAGCACAGUGCACCAACCGAAUCAGCACAGCUGUGUUGAGAUGGCAGCAGGAUGUUGGGUUCACCAUCUGUAAAUACUAGGGAUGCACGAUAUUGGAUUUUGGCCGAUAUUCGAUAUGCCGAUAUUUUCUAAAUAAUUUUGGCCGGUGCCGAUACCGAUAUCGAUAUAUAUACAAAUAUAUACUGAUAUAUUUAAACUUUAAUUUUACUGAAGAGAAAUCCAUGUAUCUCUUCUGUACUGAUUCUACCAUCAAUUUAUUAUUUUACAAAUGUAGACAGACAUUCACAUCUGAAAAACAGGUCAAUUAUUUCACUUGGAGAAUAUCGGUUUGGCUCAUCGGCAGAAAUAUUCAUAUCGGCCGAUACCGAUAAAUGUCAUUUUAAGCUUUUAUCGGCCGAUACCGAUGUUGUGCCGAUAUUAUCGUGCAUCCCUAGUAAAUACAUGAUUGUUAGAACAAUAUGAAUAUGAAUUCUGAAUGAAGCUUUGUUUCAUGUGUUGUUGACUUGUACAGUAUAUGUAUUUAUUGUGAUGCUAACUUUUAUACAUUAUUUUAAUCAUUUAUUCAUGUUUCUUGUUGUCAGUAAAUAAAAUACAAAUAAUUUAUUCAUUCAUGUAUUAAUUGCUUGACUGAAAAUGUAUCUAUUCACAUAGACCUCAUUUGUUCAACUAGUGUAUAUUCAUUUAAUACUAUGUCACAACAAAAAUUUUAGUUUGCUUCUUUGACUAAAUUGCCAUUUAAAAAAAAAAGCAAAUAUUGGUUGCCAUUUAUCGUUAUUAUUGCAUGUACUGUAAGUGUUGGAGUGGGCAAAAUAUUAUGUGGUAAUCUUAAUUUUAAGUAGUAAUGCUUACAUUUUUAGAGUAUAAAUUCAACAGUCUUCUCCAAAGGCGAGAUCUUCUAGCAGCUGAUCGAAGUAUCCUUUGUGUAGACAUUGCAAAGUUGCUGAGGGAAACUGUACUAACUGUUGAGUUAGUGAUGCGAUAAGGUGUUAGUGCACCUGUUUCUCUUUUUUAUUAUUAUUGCCGAACUUAUAAUUACAUAAAAGUUCAGGGUAAGAUGGUUGUAUCAAGAACAAUGAACAAUCAUAAUGGCAUAAAACAGUAAAUAAAAAUUUAAUGUAUUCAUGAUAGUAUGAGAUAAUAUAUACAAAAACCAUAGUGACAAGGUUAAAUAUCUUUGAAUAAUUCAUCAUGAUGCUUUUUUAGAGCUCUGAGUGAUGAAACAAAAAUGUCAAACCACUGGACUCAUUGUGUUUUGUUUAUCCUCCCCAUGUGUGCCAUGUACCCUUUUAAUUAGUCAUUCCUAGUACCUGUAUUUUUACCAGUUGUCCUGUGUUUAUAAGCCCUAGUCCAUUCAGUUUAUGUUUGUUGGAGAUUAUACAUCAACCUGUGUGUGUCCUGUGCACCUGUUGGCCCUGUGUAUUCCCCUGAAGGUUUGAUUAAAGUAUUAUUGUUCAGUGUA